GACAUAACCUUUCCCAUUUUCCGCCGCUCUUUCCACCUUCCUCGCACUUGUCUCGCGUGCCUGCUGCACUCACUCUCUCUCUCUCUCUUCUCGAAACACGAGCGAAGAUGGGUUGCGGAUGCGGACACGCGGGCUGCACUUGCCCCGACUGCAAGUGCAACGGGGGCACGGGAGCCACGUGCUGCGGCAAAUGAAGUGACCAAUCCCGAUCCCGACCGCCACGGUGAGAUGGGGGAGCAGAGAUACUAUGAGGACCAGCACGAGGAGAGCGCAGAAGAGGCGGAGGGCAUCAUGCCUUCGGGUUGGAACGCAUGGCAGCUGCUGCAGCAGCUAUGGCGAUGAAGAUGGCUAUGGCUACGGCUAUGGCUAUGGCUAUGGCAAUGGCAAUGGCGAUGGUGUGGUCACUCUCAUCUCUUUCUCAUCCUGGUGGUCGGGGAACAGCAGGCGAGGCCAGACGCUGUGCGUCCUGCAAUUAUGGACGGGAGGCUGUCCAACUACGCCUGUUCUUCGGGUCUCUGAAGAGCCUGAACUCCGAAGAUGCACUCAGCGAGAUCGCUGCUCUCGUUGGCCUCAAGCGAGCUGACCUCCACACCGCUUGCUCCCCCCUUGCUUCGGACGCCGGAGCUGUCUUUAACAAGUUGAUGUCGGUGCGCACCGAAGAGCGGUUAUGGCUGUCUGAGUACGGGCAAUGGCGGAGGAGGGGGGAGCGAGAGGACUGCCCUGUACCUUGACAAGGAAAAAAGGUGACGAUGGGACUCCGCUUUGCUGCAUGAAAAAAUGGCGGAGGAGGGGGGCGCGAUAGGACUACCCUGAUGACCUCUGUCCGCUGACUCCGCUUUGCUGCAUGAAAAAAUGGCCAUCGCUACAGGCUCCAAGUCUACAAGCAUAUAGAGCAGGAGAGGGUCUCAGCGAUGGCGACGACGACAGGUCAUGAUCUUGUCCUCAGCUGUCCGGUUUCGUUUCCAAGCUGACUGACACCAGUUGAGCAGUUACCAAGGGGAGGAGAAUCAGGAGACCGUCAGCUGAAUAAGCAACGGACUUAGUCUCCGGGGUGAGAGUCAAUCUUAGUCGUUAAUUGUUGCAUUGCAGUCGGCGAAGUUUGGUAUGGUACCUUCGGGGCUGCUGGCAUCAACGUCGCGGGUUGCAAUGUAGUUCCUUGCCCAGGUCGGACGCUGGUCCUUGGAUCGUGUAAUUCUCUUCCUCCGCCGUGAUUCCGGUGGCUACGGCACAUUCUUGAUUAACAUAAUUCUUUGGACAGUUUGAAUGAACUGCAACUUUCUUG